CUUGGCGGAGUAGGGGUCGGCGGACAUGUCGGCGCUGCGGGUCGGGGCGGGUGUGCGGCUCGGGAAGCGGCUGGCUCUGGCCAGGGUGAAAUGGCCAGCAGCUUUCCAGUCUGUUUCACGGAACUUUCACUUGAAUGUGGAUGGAAAUAAAAGAACAUCUGCUAAGGUUUCAAAUUCUAUUUCUACCCAGUAUCCAGUAGUGGAUCAUGAAUAUGACGCAGUCGUCGUCGGUGCUGGUGGAGCAGGUUUGCGGGCUGCGUUUGGCUUGUCAGAAGCUGGGUUUAAAACUGCAUGUCUUACCAAGCUCUUUCCUACCAGAUCCCAUACUGUUGCUGCACAAGGAGGAAUCAAUGCUGCCCUGGGAAAUAUGGAGGAAGAUAACUGGAGAUGGCAUUUUUAUGACACCGUUAAAGGUUCUGACUGGUUGGGCGAUCAAGAUGCAAUUCACUACAUGACAGAGCAAGCACCUGCUUCAGUGGUUGAGCUGGAAAAUUAUGGCAUGCCAUUUAGCAGAACAGAAGAAGGGAAGAUUUAUCAGCGAGCAUUUGGCGGACAGAGCCUCCAGUUUGGGAAAGGGGGACAGGCACAUCGGUGCUGUUGUGUGGCCGACAGGACGGGACAUUCUCUCUUGCACACUUUGUAUGGAAGGUCACUGAGAUAUGAUACCAGCUAUUUUGUGGAGUACUUUGCCUUGGAUCUCCUGAUGGAGAAUGGAGAAUGUCGGGGUGUUAUCGCACUGUGCAUAGAAGAUGGAUCCAUACAUAGAAUAAGAGCAAAAAAUACAGUUGUUGCAACUGGAGGCUAUGGACGCACCUUCUUUAGCUGUACUUCUGCUCAUACUAGCACUGGUGAUGGCACAGCUAUGAUUACAAGAGCAGGUCUGCCUUGUCAGGAUUUGGAAUUUGUCCAGUUCCAUCCCACAGGCAUAUAUGGGGCAGGUUGUCUCAUCACUGAAGGCUGUCGGGGCGAAGGAGGCAUUCUCAUUAACAGUCAAGGAGAAAGAUUUAUGGAAAGAUAUGCACCCGUUGCAAAGGACCUGGCAUCCAGAGAUGUUGUUUCUCGUUCUAUGACUAUUGAGAUCCGUGAAGGAAGAGGCUGUGGCCCUGAGAAGGACCAUGUGUAUUUGCAGUUGCAUCAUUUACCGCCUGAGCAGCUAGCCUCUCGCCUGCCUGGCAUCUCAGAAACUGCAAUGAUAUUUGCAGGGGUCGAUGUCACCAAAGAGCCAAUUCCUGUUCUUCCCACCGUACAUUAUAAUAUGGGAGGCAUUCCUACGAACUACAAAGGACAGGUCCUGAAACAAGUGAAUGGCAAAGAUCAAGUUGUGCCUGGACUCUACGCUUGUGGUGAAGCAGCGUCUGCAUCCGUGCAUGGUGCCAAUCGACUAGGAGCAAACUCUCUCCUGGACCUGGUGGUAUUUGGGCGAGCUUGUGCUUUGAGUAUUGCAGAAUCAUGCAGGCCUGGAGAUGCGGUUCCCUCCAUUAAAGCAAAUGCUGGCGAAGAGUCCGUUGCAAAUCUUGACAGAUUGCGUUUUGCAAAUGGAAGCAUAAGAACGUCGGAACUCAGGCUCAAUAUGCAGAAGUCAAUGCAGAAUCAUGCAGCUGUGUUCCGGGUAGGAAGUGUGCUCCAGGAGGGUUGUGAGAAAAUCAGCCAGCUCUAUGGUGACUUGAAGAAUCUGAAGACAUUUGACAGGGGGAUGGUGUGGAAUACAGAUUUGGUGGAGACAUUGGAACUGCAGAAUCUCAUGCUUUGCGCUCUGCAAACUAUUUACGGUGCUGAAGCUCGCAAAGAGUCCCGUGGCGCUCAUGCCAGGGAGGACUACAAGGUGAGGGUUGACGAAUAUGAUUUUUCCAAGCCAAUUCAAGGGCAACAGAAGAGACCAUUUGAGGAGCACUGGAGAAAGCAUACACUUUCUUAUGUGGACACCAAGACUGGGAAGGUCACUUUGGAAUACAGACCUGUAAUUGAUAAAACUUUAAAUGAAGCUGACUGUGCUACUGUCCCCCCUGCUAUUCGCUCCUAUUGAAGAGCAUGCUGGAUGAAUUGAUCAGUUUAUGUAAUUAUGUACAAUAGUGUCUUGCUAAAUUUGGUAUAGUGCGUGCAGCUUAAAUAGGCAUAUCAAAAAAAACACUGCUAGAUAAAAUACUGCUCUUAGUUACUCAAAUUCUGAUUUCUGGCUCUGUGACUUAAGCUGUUCCUCUUUAAACUGACAGCAGGUAACCUGUUCUGCUAUUCUCUGGUUCAUUGUCAAAAAUAUCAGCGUACAUCUUAAAUAAAUGAACACAUUUUCAUAUGCUGGAAUUUUGUCUUAUCUGUUUAAAAUAAUGUUUUAUGUUUGAUAGCCUAUCUCCCAUAUUCUUUGGAUGUGGUUAAGGCAAGCCAGAGAUUGUUCACCAAAUCCAACUCUAAGACAAGGUGACUGGUUCAAGACAAACAAAAGGAAAUACUCCUUCAUGCAGAAGGUAGGAAACAAAGGAAUCCUUUCUGAUAGGAUAUGCGUGUCCACUAAGGUCCCUAAAAUACCAAAUUAGCUUAAAGGAGGAAGAUUUUGGUUGAACCUAAGGAAGAACUUCUUGACUAUUAGGCUAAUUGAAAGCUGAAAUGGGCUAGGACGUGCAGAAUAAACUGGUCAAUGACCUCCCCAUUGAAAGCCUCCUCGCGAUUGUGAGGCUUAGAAGCAGAGUUCAUUCACCAUCCAGGAAUCCCGAGGGAAGGACCAAGUGUGAAUGCUUUUGAGAAACUGGGGUUCAUCUUGAGGGACUGGGCCAGGAUGCCUGUGGACCAGAAAUACCCCAGGGGACUAUGGGCAGGAAACGUUUUAGCUGUUAGGGAGAGGAGUUUCAAUUAAAAAUAUAAUUCAAAGUCUGUUGCUUGACGAAAUAUGAAUGUUCACAUUAAAACCAUAAAUAAAUGUGGUAAUCUAC